CGCGUAAAAGUGGUUUGGCAUGAAAACGGAACUGAAACGGACAGACAGAAGUGUUCCUCCGCUGUCAUCUUGGUUAGUCCUGGUUGCUGGAUCGUAAUUCGUAUUUCAAAAAGCAGGGCAACGUUUAAGCGAUCUUCAUUUGGACAAUGGACUGGAUUGGAUUUAGCUAUGCUGCCACCAUCAUUUUGGGAGGGUACAUGGGGUAUAAGAGAAAAGGCAGCGUUAUGUCCAUGAUGGCAGGCUUAGUCUUUGGUGCGUUUUCUGCUUAUGGUGCCUAUAAUAUCUCCAACAACCCAAAGGAUUUUCAGGUGUCGUUGCUUUCCUCUGGAGCCCUUGCAGCCGUCAUGGGAAUGAGAUACAAGAAAUCUGGGAAAUUAAUGCCUGCUGGUAUAAUGUCAGGGCUAAGUUUGCUAAUGGUAUUCCGCCUGCUGCUCCUGAUCAUGGCGUAAAACCACGGAUCAUCUAACGGGGUCAAAGAUCACGUAUUCUCAACGACCAAACCCUUCUUCUGUGGGAAACCUGAUUUUCCUGUCUGUUGUUCUCUACUCUUUAAGAUGGAUCUGUCAGUGUUUUAUGGCCGCAUUGUGGGUUUGUCAAAUGAGAUAAACUACUGCGGAGCAAAGCAUUAACCUUAUAAGGAAAGACGCCGUCUUUAGCAUCACAACUAAGAAACUGACACAUUUUCUUCUUUUUUUUUUAAAGCGGGUUUAAAGGAACAACUUUUGUAAUUAGGAAAUAAACAUGAUAUUUUAAAGUCA